ACGGGCCCAACUUGUGAACUAGUCUGCGAGCCGUAUUAUUUUGGUAAAAAUUGCUCGUCGCGUUGCAGUGAGAACUGUAAAACAGAGAUAAGAAAUAUCGAGUUAUCUCCCUGCCAUUUUGAGACUGGAACUUGCGUUCUUGGAUGUCAGGCUGGUUACCUUGGUCCUUACUGUUCUCAGGCGUGUGGACCAACAUACUACGGUAAUGACUGCAGUCAGAGGUGUAGCCAUAGAUGUGCCAGACAAAUGUGUAACCACAUCAGUGGCGAGUGUGAGGAUUGUUCUAGCGGUACUUGCGUACAAGAGUGUUCCCCUACGUAUUAUGGUGUGGGUUGUCUAAAAACAUGCUCAGAUAACUGCGCCAACAGAUUGUGUAACAAUACUGAUGGUCAAUGUCUGAGUUGUGUCCCUGGAAGAGCUGGAGACUACUGUGAAAAUAUUACAGACUGUACUGAGAUGUUUUAUGGGAUAAACUGUACAGAAAGAUGUAGCAACAGUUGUCUCAAUGCCAAGUGUGACAGUAAAAAUGGCGACUGUCUUAGCUGUCCACCAGGGGAAAGUCUGGAGUUUUGUGUAAUGAUGGUGGGUAGCACAUAA